AGGAGUGUGAGAAAAUACAGAGAGAGGAAGCAAAGCAAGAUAGAGGAGGCUAAACCUUAGAUAAUAUAGAACAAAAUUACUGCAGGACCUACAUUGGGAGAAAACCUAGAGAGAACAUAAAAGGAAUACGAGGAUACAGAACUCCACCCUACUACACACCCAGAGGAGGAGGACAGCAGUGGGCAAACAAGAGGCAGCCUGAAAAACGGAGCCCUUACUAAAUCCCCUACACCUAUUGGAUCGGCUGUAUAGAUCAUGUACAUUGUAGGGCCAAGGGGCCACACCCAGUGAACACACCCGAUAUGUGCUGAGGAAGAAGAAAUAAAGACAGGAAAAAAAAGCCAAGAGGAAAAAGCAGACUUGCAAGUGAAACUAGACACAGAUCUCUGAAUUAUUGAGAAAUAUUAAGUGGAUCCUUUUUUAAUCUAAGAGAGGGACCAAGGAUUGCCCCCAGGGAACCAUCCUCAAAUGUAUUGAGGGGCAGGGGAUGCAUUCAGAAACACACAAGGCUUGCAACUCUUCCCCAGUAAUGUCAACACGCUGUAAAUCCGCAACCGACUCACCAACUCCUAUUCUCCUUAGUGACAUCAAGAUGGAGCCACCAGAGCAACUUUUGGACAGUGACUACAGCUUACCACAAGCUGAGCCUGUGGACCUUUCUCUGAACAAGCCGAAGGCCUCCCUGCGCCAAUCUAUAACACCACCAUCUUCUUCCCCCAUGGUUCUGGGAUCUUCUCUAACUGCACACUCUCCAGUUGUGUCACUUUCAGGUUUAGGCUCUGCUGUUCCUGCAGUGUUGUCUCCUGGUUCUAUUUUAGCCUCCACAAAAGGCAGUGGUGGACAACAAAUCCUUCAUGUUAUUCAUACCAUACCUUCAGUAAAUCUACCUAGCAAAAUGGGUAGUCUGCAGACUAUACCUGUAGUGGUGCAAUCCCUGCCUGUUGUGUACACUACCCUACCCACAGAUGGCAUGACCACAUCCAUCACUUUGCCAGUUUUAGGUGCAGAUGGGAAGACAGCAGUGAAAGUAGAUCCCGAUUCUAUGUCUCCAGUGGAGAUAAAUAGUGACAGUGACGACAUCAUUGUUGAGACAUCAUCCUCGUUCCAGGACAUAGAUCAUGGGCAACGGCUGAUUCGGAUGCAGCGAAGUGGAGCAGGAUCUCCAGACCCAAGGAAGAAAAGAGCUCAUUGUUGUGACUUUGAUGGUUGCAACAAGGUGUAUACAAAGAGCUCCCAUCUGAAAGCUCACAGGAGGAUACACACAGGUGAGAAGCCAUAUAAAUGCACAUGGGAAGGAUGUGUGUGGAAAUUUGCGAGGUCGGAUGAGUUGACACGACAUUUCCGCAAACACACCGGAAUAAAGCCCUUUCUCUGCUCGGACUGCGACAGGACCUUCUCCCGCUCAGACCAUCUGGCGCUGCACCGACGGAGACACAUCAUGAUGUGAUUGAGCUCCACAAAUACAGGGGAGCAAAAGAGAGCCGGAAGACACAAUUUGUUUGCGCUCUCUGUCUCACUGGUGGAUUCAAUGCCUUCUUAUACCUUUGUUUGGUCUUAGUCUGUCACAAAUAGUUUCUCAUUCUUGUCCAUUUUCUCUCCCCUAAUAUGUUUUUCUCUGCCAUUUCUUUCUACACCAUCUUUAAAGUUUACCACCCCUUCUGUUGUCUUCUUUUACAUGUGUUUCCCCCAUACUCUUCUUCUCUAUCCUCUAUGCACACUAGCACGAAAAGCACAGUAUUUGCCCAGUCCCAUCCACCAGCAGCUUCCUAUUCUUCUCCUACAGGGAAUAUUACAUGGACAAAAAACUUCCGACCUUGCUUUGCCUUGGACAUUACAAAGUGAAAAGGAGAGUUUGAUUAUGAAUCUUCAUUGCUCUGAAGAAACCCCACAAAGAGAGAGAGAGAGAAAAAAAACAAAAAUGGGGAUUGGUAAUUUCCACAUCCAUAAGAAUUAUAGAUUGGGCACUUUCAUAUGAGCAACAAUGGUAUUGGUGUACAUGUAAUAGAAAAUCCCAUGUGUUGUGUAACAUAAUAUGGGAAUUCUAUUAAUCUGAUAAUAAUCAUGUUAAGAUAUGUAGUGAUACUGCAUCAAACGCGCCACUUUCAUAAAGUAAUUAAAGUCCCAUUUGGGAUUGGUCACUUAUUUACCCUACUAAAAAUUAGGAGAUGUUAUUGCUUUGUUUUUAAUUUAAUUUUUAUUGUUUUUGCUUUAUCUAAUCGAGUGUUUUUUACACUCUGUGUAAAGUUACAUUGCAAAAUGUGUAUGUACACCUCCUUAUGGAUUUUUUUUUUAAUGUAUAGGGAGAUAGUAUACAUAUCUGUGAAUUAUUGUGGCAACAUUUUUUUUUAUUGUUAAUUCAGAAUUAAGGUGAUGAUUAUCUAGUUCUCUGCUCUCCUGUGUUAAUUGCUAUUUAUAUCAUGUGAGCAGUUAAAGUGUAAAACAGCUGUUUGAGAGGAAUUGAAUCUGAAGUAGAAGUGAGAGAGAACUUAAUUUACUACAGUCCUCCUCUUUUCUUUGUUUCUACCUUCCCCCAAAUCAUACACGCUGCCCUAAUGCCCUAUAAACUAAAGGCUGUUGCAUUUUCAUUUGCUCCAAAAAAAACUAUAAAAAAAAGCAAAGAAAAAAAAACAUUAUCUGGGGGAUUAUUUUGGGAAAUGAACCCACAAAAGAAACAAUGCUGCGGAACAUUUUACUGUGACACGGCCCUCUCAGCCAUGGGAGGGAUGUUUUCUGUACAGAAGGACUUGCCAGUAAUCUUUUUCGGGUAACAGUGGCAAAAACCUUGUCAUUGUGUUAAACUCAUUUUUUUUCAAAAUUAAAUGAGCUGACUGAA